CGGCUCUUGUUUCUCUGCGCAGACCAGUCCGUGGCUAUAAGAACAUGCUGUUCAGUCUGAAUUCCUCAGAAACUGUGUGCCGAUUCUCCGAGCACGAGAAGUUCUGUCUGAUACGACAAUUCUGCUUAUUGCUGGUGUCAACAUGUCUAACACGCCAUUCGCCUCGCUGAGCGGAGGCAUUCCGAACAACGCACAAGACUUUGCAGCAUCUAUCAUCUUCACCGUUGCUUUCGCAGUGUUGAUCCCAAUAUGCAUCUUCCGACUUGUCGUCAAAGAAACUCGAACAAGAAUCUUGAUUCGACCCUUGAUCUUCUGUCUCACACAAGCAGUGGCUUAUGGCAUGCGCGCGGCGAUCGCAAAUGGCAGUACUUCGACGGGCAUAUACGAAGCCUCUGAGAUCUUGCUCCUCGCUGGCUUCAGUGCAAUUUGCGAGCCCAUCCCAGCGCUGUUGACACGUGUGGCGGGCAAAUACAGCAAAGGAGCAUCUCAGCAUGCAGAGAAUCGGCUUCAACAGCGCGUUCUUCUUCUCUGUCGCCUUGCUAUCACGGUCGCACUCAUCCUUGGCAUCGUCGCCUCGACAGACAUAAGCGCAAACGAAAGUCAGAGCACAAUGAAUAGUAUCAAACAAUACAGAAUCGCCAACGCUGCACUCAUCAUCGGUGCCAUCAGCACCUCGGCAAUCAUCGCAGUCAAUCUCAUAUCGGCUCGUCUGCUUCAGAUCCGUGCCGUCGUCGUACUCGUAAUCCAGUGUGCUUUGCUUAUCAUCACCGCAGCUUACAAGCUGGGCAGCACGCUCGACCGACCAGCCAACUUUUCACGCUCAGGCAAGAUUGUGUUUUACAUUCUCACCGGGGCCGUAGAAUGGCUUGCCACCCUCAUCUUCUUUGCUGUCAAUAUCAACCAAUUCUUUCCUCCUCGGAUUACAAGAGCAUCUGAAACCUCGAUAGCUCAUGAACAGAAUGACAAGACAAUCGCCGUCUCGCUGCCCGGCACUCGCGACGAGCCCUCAAAGGAAUAUGUAUAGAGCGUAGUACUGUUGCGCAGCACAGCCCAUUGAAUCGCGCAGGUGCAGACAAGCAAAUGAAGGCGUUUGAGUGGCACAUCCGGCGAAGGUGAAGUCGAGCGCUAUUUGCGGGCGACUUGAGAGCGAGAGCACGAAAGGGAUCAAAGACUCACAAGGUUGCCAGCUGUGUUGACUAUAGGGCGAAUACCGCGUUGCUAUGCGCACUGGACAUUUGACCAGGCACGUUGUCGAGCCACGAGCUGGUCCGACGAGCGAGCAAGCCUCCAAGGCUGGCCGCAUGCGGCAG